CGAAGCGACGAAAAUCGCGCCGGGGAGCGUGAAUAAACUGCGCCCUCUCGGCCAGAUACCGUAAGUCCUCGCUCGUGAUAUCGCCCCGUUCACUUCUAACGGAUCUCCCUUGGGCGGACUUUCAAUCCGACAUGCAACUACGCACACAUUCAGGUGAAAAUCAACAGCACCGAGCGCGACGUGUUCGCGAGCAAAGCGUUUCCCAGAUACCAGAGGUUUGAUCGAGAAGUAAGGAGAAUUUUGAAAUUGCCCGCGCUGUAUAUCUUGUCUGUUCAGUUGAUUCUUUUUUUGCGUGUUGAUAGCACUACCAGUGACGAAGCUGCGACGCUUAGUUUGUGUUUGGCGAGCGAAUGAGCGAGACGUACUUCGGUGUGUUUGGCGAUUUUUUGUGCGGAGAAAUGUCGGAUCAGAGAGUUUGUCUGAAAUGUUGUGUUAAGAACGGAAUUAAGUGCAGCGAAGCGUUGAAAAUGUUAAAGAAGACCCUUGGCGACGAUAUUAUGUCACCAACCACGAGUUUAUGAAUGGUUGGUUACAAACGCUUUCGGAAAGGCCGAGAAGACAUCGAAGAUGGCGCGAGGUCUGGGCGCCCUAGCACGUCCACCAGUGAUGAAAACGUGGGAAAAAUUGAAGAGAUUGUGCUCGCUAAUAGAAGAAUCACUAUUAGAGAGGUUGCUGAAGAAAUAGGAAUUUCAUACGGCUCAUGCGAAGCGAUUUUUACUAAUGCUUUGAACAUGAAGCGAUUUAUCCAACAGUUCUUGACGAAACACAACACCGUUGUGAUGCCGCAAUCAUCUUAUUCUCCAGAUAUGGCCCCCUGUGACUUUUUCCUAUUUCCCAAACUCAAAAGGACACUCAAAGGAUAACGUUUUUCGACAAUGGACGGGGUAAAGGCGAGAUCGCAGAUCCAGCUCAAGACGAUACCUAAAGAGGCGUUCCACCAGUGUUUUUCAAGCUGGAAACUACGUUGGCAUAAGU